GAGUAUCGGGAAAAAAAAAAUGGAUAUACAAUUAUUUUAUGAUCCUUUUUUCUGGUAGAAAAAGAAAAUGAAAAAAAUAGAAGUAAGGCAGGUUCAGAUGGAAACAUUGACGACGGUGUUGCUUUUCUUUCUUCUCGGGAACAGAUUUGGCUAUGCGUACCGUACAGGUACCGGUUAUAUCAAUAUCGAUUGCGGCAAUAACAAAACUAAUAAUGAGACGAUAAAGUCAGAUUCAGAAUACAUAGACACUGGAACAAACGCGGAGAUAUUGAAUCAAGAUAUUAUUGAUUAUUUUGAUGCAGAACCAUUGAAAACACUAAGAAGCUUUCCAGAUGGUAAGAGAAACUGUUACUCCAUAAAACCUGAGAAUGGGAAAGAAAGCAAGUAUUUAAUCAGAGCAAGGUUUCUGUAUGGUAACUAUGAUAACCUCAAUGCACCUCCAAAAUUUGAUUUGUACAUUGGAGUCGACUAUUGGGGUACCCUGAAUCACAGUUACUCGGUCGUUGAAAUCAUAUACAAGCCGGUUUCCGAUCUCAUUCAUGUGUGUCUAGUAAACACAGGUCAUGGCACCCCAUUCAUAUCCGACUUGGUUUUGAGGCCUGUCAACAGUUUACUAUACAACUCUGGCUCUGGUUCACUUCGAACUAUUCGACGCUAUGAUACAGGAGAAAAGGUAUCAAAUGCAUUCUACCACAGUUAUGACAAUGACAUUUUGGAUCGAUAUUGGACUGAACUUCCAACUGAGAAAUUUGAAGAUUGGAGUAUUACAAACUCUACGACAUCAGAAGCAUUGAGAAAAUUAAAAGAAAGUGAAUGCCAAAUACCAUUAAAAGUUUUCAUGACAGCAGCCACGCCAGCUACUGGUCGAAAAGAGUUGAAUAUUCGUAUUCUAAAAGUUGGGACAGAUCCUAAUGCUGAAUACUACUUUUACUGGCACUUCGCUGAAACUCAGCUCUUUAGUGAUGGUAAUUUAAGGCAAAUCCAAAUCACCACCAUGAAUAAUCCCAACCCAAUGGAACCACUAAUCACACUUCAAUAUAUGACGCCGCUUACUGUUAAUUCUUCUUCUGUUAAACUUAACCCUGAAUCAAUGAAUGAUCCAAGCCUUUACUUCUCCAUUGCGUCUGCCGAUUCUCUUCAUCUUCCUAUCCUCAAUGCAGUUGAGGUUUUCAUAGAUAUGAAUCUUUCAGUUCAACCUACACAUCAAGAUGAUGUGAAUGCCAUAAUGGAUGUCAAGGAAAAAUACCAACAUCAAAUAAAGGGCUGGGGUGGAGAUCCAUGUCUACCGAUAAUACCAUGGCACGGUCUUAAUUGCAGCAUCAGCAGUACUGAUUCCCAAAGAAUAGUUGGUUUGGAUUUAUCACAUAUGAAUCUAACUGGACCUAUUUUGACUUCCGUAUUUCAGCUUACAUUGCUAAACAGCUUGAAUUUAUCUUAUAAUAAUCUAACUGGAGAAAUACCCGAAGAUAUAGGUGAAAUGCAAAAUCUGCAAUAUAUCGAUUUGAGUGGAAACUUGCUUAGCGGUAACGUUCCGAUCAAGCUCCUGGAGAAAAAGAAGAGCGGCGCCAUUAUUACAUUAAGGUAUGACAGCAAUCUUUGUGCUUCAUACGCAUGUAUGAAGAAGAAGCAGCCCAAGUAUUUGGUUCCUUUGAUUAUCACUGGGAGUAUCUUGAGUUUGCUGGUGAUUGGUGGAGCUAUUUUAUGUGUUCGUAAUUGGAAGACAGAAGAGUCAGAUGGAAGUAGCCGAUUAAAUCCUAAGAAUAGACGGUUUACGGAAUCUGAGAUGGCAAAUAUUACAAACAAUUAUUCCACACAAAUAGGAAAAGGAGGGUUUGCAAUUGUAUAUCUUGGAACUCUUGGUGAUACUCAAGUUGCGGUCAAGCGCCUCAAUCAAAAUUCAACUCUUGGAAUAUUUCAAGAUGAGGCGGAGCUUUUAAUGAGAGUUUAUCACAAAAACCUAGUAUCUCUAGUUGGCUACUGCGAUGCAGGCAACACUAUGGCACUCGUUUACGAGUACAUGGCCAAAGGCGAUCUAAAAAAGCAUUUAACAGCAGCAGAACAAACAAAUAUUUCAGGCUGGAAACAGAGACUCCGUAUUGCUGUAGACAUUGCACAAGGGUUGGAGUAUUUACAUCGUGGUUGCAAACCACCCAUUAUUCAUAGAGAUAUUAAACCGGCCAACAUCUUAUUGGAUGAUAAUUUGCACGCAAAGAUAUCUGAUUUUGGGAUGUCUAGAAUGUUCCAAAGUGAAGGUGAAGAUGAUAAUACCAAGAGUUAUUUGGUUGGAACCCACGGUUAUAUGGAUCCUGACAACGCCGGUAGAUUAAACGAGAGAAGCGACGUGUACAGCUUUGGGGUCAUUUUGUUGGAGUUGAUCACAGGGAAACCAGCAAUCCUGCCGAGAGGCCAAAACCAGAAGGGCAGCAUUCAUAUUAUUGAUUGGGUAAAUUCAGUGCUUUCAAAUGACAAAGCCAAUAAACGAAGUAUUCUAGAUCAAAGGUUCAAUGGAGAUUACAGCAUUGAAUCUGUUAAGAAAGCUGUAGAAAUAGCAAGGGAAUGUGUACAACUAAACCGUAUCCAAAGGCCAACCAUGGAAGAAGUGAUGAGUGAGUUGAAGUUGUCCUUGGCAAUCGAGAAUGAGCACAAUCCACGCUCUAUAAUUGAACUGCACCGUGCUUCUUCUUCCACUUCGAGCAACGCAAUAUUUGAUAUUGAACAAGCUCAUCAAGAAUUAUAACUCCUAAUUUAUAGGAGUAUUUGUUAUUUUGUUUAUGGUUGCUUGUUGAUUGUGAUUUGUUUUCAUACUGUUGGGACAAACUAAAAAUUAAAGACUUGGGUCUCCACUCUCCAAAAGACAUUUCUUUGUAGUUUGCUUGAAUUAUAUUCAAGAGGGGAUGAUACAUUUCCUUAAGCAAUAUUAAUGUACUUCUCCCAUUUAGAUGUUUA